CGUUCCAGUGGUAGGCGCUGUGCAAACCUAAAGGAGGAUAUACUUUCGCUUUGUCCUUUUACGAAUGCAAGCUUUAGGAGGGGGAUAAAAAAUAAAAAAGGACAAAUAACACAGUUUAAAGCAGACCGGAAGUGAAAGUGCGAACGCGCUGUCGCUAGUUUUCGGUGAUGGCGUUUUAUAGAGCCAAACUCACGGCUCGCGCUUUGCAAACGCAGAAGCUCUCGCGCGUUGUGAACUUCAGUGUGAUUGAUUCGCCGCUGCGCGCGCGCCAGGGUGUAAAUCUAGCCGCGUGCUCGAAGCACGGCGGCUUCCGCCGGAAGCGCUCGGUCGCGCGGCUGCUCGGAGCUGCAGGUGUGUCCGCCGCUGUGCUGAGCACGAGCGCAGUUUGCGCCAUGGCCGCGUGCGCACCUUUCAGCUUAGACUCGGACAAAAGUGACUGGAGAGAAGCGAAAAAAAAACUUCUGUCCAUGACUGUGAAGGAGAGGAGAGAGGUAUACAGGACUACGGACUACAUCUCCCUGGAUCAGGUUCCAGUCUGGAAGCACUCGGGUGCCGCGUCUGUUAAGCCUCUUUACAAAGCCAAUGAGGAACUGAAUCAGAAGAUCUCUCUCUUCCGAGGUGACAUCACCAAACUGGAGAUAGAUGCAAUUGCCAAUGCAGCCAACAAGACCCUGCUGGGCGGAGGAGGAGUGGACGGAGCCAUCCAUCGUGGAGCAGGUCCUCUCCUGAGGAAGGAAUGUUCCACUCUGGGAGGGUGUGAAACCGGAGAGGCCAAGAUAACUGGAGCAUACGGCCUACCAGCCAGAUAUGUUAUUCACACUGUGGGCCCAAUAGCUCACGGCUCCGUGGGAGAGACCGAGAGACGAGCGCUCCGAGACUGUUAUUAUAACUGUCUGAGCACAGCGACUGAGAACAAGCUGCGGACAGUGGCUUUUCCCUGCAUCUCCACUGGAGUGUACGGAUACCCACCUGAGCAGGCAGUGGAAGUGGCUCUGAAGACAGUACGAGAAUACCUGGAGGACAACCCAGCGCAGAUGGACCGGGUCAUCAUCUGCGUUUUCCUCAAGUCAGAUGAGGAUCUGUACAAGAGCAGACUUCCUGCCUACUUUCCAAUAGAUGCAUUUCCGGAAAGUAAAUUAUGAGUGGAUGCAACUGCGUUGAAUGCCUCACUCAUCAUCACCUGCUCCUGCUUCCCUAGUGUCUGCCCAGCCAGCAACACCUCCUGAUUAUUUUUGAAUCCACUGAUUUUUAUUUUGAUGGCAUGCGUCGUAUAAUUUCUUAUGGCUCAAUCCAGUUUUCACUGAACCUCUGUGUUGAUGAUCAAAGGAUGGGUUUUUGGCAUUGCACUAAAGAGAACUGCCAGCACGCGCGCGCGCACACACACACACACACACAGAGAUAGCGCAAGUGAGUGAGAGCACAUCAAGAAAGCAAAAUGACAAGUAUUUCAUUAUUUCUCUGAAGUCAAUACUGAAAUCCAAAACAGUUCUCUCCGUACACAUCUCAUUUACUAGAAUGUUCUGGUUCAGGGAUAAUCAGUCUUAUCCACAAUGCCUUCAGCUGUUUUGUUUCUUUGUUUGUUUGUUUGUUUUUAAUCCAUGCAGAAGUUACACCUGAUACAACAAAUGAAUUGUUUGUAGCCAGAUAAGGAAUUAUUGUAUAAUUGGAUUUAAGUAUGUUGCUACUUAUUUGGAAUAAAAGCCUACAGACUCACCAGCCAUUUCCUGAUAAGAUGCAGAGAUCUUGCACAGAUCUGGAAAAGUACUAGAUUUAAAGGCACUCGUUUUCAGACAUAGAUAAGGAUGCACAUUCAUAAAACAUUUUGUGAACAGUGUAGAUAUAAUAAAAAGAGGAACUGUUGAAUGAAA